AUGGAGAUUACCGUCGCAUUCAAUCGAAGCUUGCAGAUUUUUAUAAUAGCUGAUAACUUCGUGUUUCGUUCAACGAAUCUCGAAGGUGGUUUCGCAAUAAUCGACAGCAUUGAAUACUACGCUGAUCUAUGUACGGACUCGAAUAAUAUGAUGCCGUUAAAGACCAAAUUACAUGACUAUGAACGGAUUGAAUCACAAAACGAUGUCACUGCAACGGCAACAGAUGACUACACAUCGUCAGCAGCUGUUGCAUUAGUAUCACCGUCAAAUAAAAUAUCAAAAUUAAUCGAAUUGAAUAGUGUUAUCACACCCGAAUCAAACGACCAUGCUAAACUGCAAAAAUAUACGAACUACCGAAAUAGAUUCAUCGAACAAGUUCAACGCCCACAUGAUUAUGCAGCACUAUGUUCUGCAUUGCAAUGUUCCUUCGAGAAUGAGCCUUGCGUCAAAUACAUAUUGCAGUCUUCAUGGAACAUAUCCACACAACCUAUUGGUACUAUUCGAGGUGAUGCCUCGUCGUUCCCAUUUAAUCCUGGAAUUUCAGAAGGAUCUUUUGCGUAUGCUGUUGGACCUAGCAAAAGAACACGUUUUCAAACGCCACCUUUCGAAGCCGAAACGAAUUUCUAUCUGAUAUUCUCGUAUUACAAAACUUCCAAUCAAAAUCACUUCCGUGUACUUAUCAAACAAGCACAUCAACAUUUUGAACGUGUUAUUUUUACGGUAUGA